ACUUGUAACAGUCCGCCGAGGUUACAAUCGGCGAAGGUUUUGUUUCUAGUCGCCUUUCAUGCUCUGAUAUAGAAUAAAAGCUAAAUGACUUGUAUUCCACCCGGGACGGCGACUCUCCUCGAAGAGCUUGACAAGAAACUCAUGGUCGUUUUGAGAGAUGGAAGAACGUUGAUUGGUUAUUUGAGAAGCAUUGACCAGUUCGCUAACUUGGUACUGCACAAGACAAUAGAAAGAAUUCAUGUAGGCAAAGAGUACGGCGAUAUUCCACGUGGUGUAUUUGUUAUCCGUGGUGAGAAUGUUGUCCUUUUAGGAGAAGUUAGCCAAGAAAAAGAAAUUAACCUUCCUCUUAAAAGGGUCUCUGUAGAUGACAUUAUUGAUGCCCAGCGAAGGGAAAAAGAAUCAAAAUUGGAACAGGACAAAUUAGUACAAAAAGCCCUUAGGGAAAGAGGCUUAAACUUCGCUACUGACCUCAGCCAUGACGACAUGUUUUAACAAAAUUUCUCUUUAACUUCCCUUUAUUAAUUUUGAAGAAGAAUUUUAACAAUUUUAAAAUAUUUGUAAAUAUAAAUUGUUAUAAACCUUAAAGGGAAACUACUAUAAUUUAUGUACAAGAAAAAUUUUAUUUUAUAUAUAU